AUGUUUCAUGAAGUCAGCUUAACUCUAUCCAGAGACGGUGUUCUCAGUCUUGCUGAUGAUAGUGAUGAUGUCAAGAAAAGUGAAGCUGCUUCCAGGAGAAGAAUUCAAAAUGAGAAACGUUUAUGCUCUCUGGAUAAUCUACACUACAUUUAUACACGUUUUUGCAUUAUCAGCGCAGAUAAACAACCAUUGAAUAUCAACUCUCCACUCACGACAACUGAAUUAUGCUUUGCUAUUCGACAAGCUAUCGACAGUACAAUAAAAGAUUUAUUUGGUCAUUUCUCUGGUCUACCAGUACUAUAUUAUGAUUUAUUAUUCUGCCGACAAGAUGAUAACAGUAAUAAUAAAAAUAAUAAUAAUAACAGUUAUCAAUCAUCAAUUCGUUCAUGGUCUAUUAUACUAGCUGUACCAUUUAAUAAUGUAGAAAAGGUAAUAGCAGCAUUAAGUUUUAUGACAAAUGAUUUAGCCGGUGAAGAAUUUAUCAACACACUGCUUGGCGGUGAAUCAAUAAAUUUAAAAUGUUACAAUAAUUCAUUAAAAUUCUAUGCAGAUGUUAUAUCAGUUUCUAAUUCAUUAUUUAAUCUAUCAUGUAUACCUGUAUUUUAUAAUCUGAAAUGA